UGGCAGCGCAAGCUGCUGCGCAAGUCGGGCUGCGAGCCCUUUGGCGUGCGGCGAGAGCUGUUUGGAGAGGCGGGCGGCGAGGCAGGGAUGGCCCUCGUGCGCGGCGCGGCGCUCGUCGUCGGCUUGCACACGGACGAGGUGACGGAGGCCAUCGUCGACGCGGCGCUCGCCGCCCGUACGCCGUUCGCCGUCGUGCCCUGCUGUGUCUUCUCCCGCCUGUUCCCCGGCCGGCGGCUCCGCAGCGGCCGGCCGGUGACGUCACACCCGUCGCUUGUCGCCUACUUGCUCGAGAAGCACCCCGCCGUCCGCUCCGCGCGCCUUGGCUUUGCGGGAAAGGACGUCGUCGUUUUUUGCACCGACUACGGCGCCCCGUCGGACGCCGCGCACCUAAUGUGUGCCCCGUGCGACGAGGGAUGA